CAAAAAAUGAUGGCACACGUGAGUUAACAUUCCUUUGGGAAACAUGAGGACCUUCACACUAAUUUGUCUGCUGAUAAGCGCCUGCGCGUCGAAUUCGAGGAAACUGGAAAAAAGAGGAUUUGACGCGUCAAAAUUGGGAUUUCCGGGACAUUCUUCAUAUUCCCGAACUUCCGGCUACGCUAGAGGUCUUGGUCUUGGUUCCUAUGCAACUGGCUCUACAUUUCCUCUAAAUUACGCUCCAGCCUUUUCUUUCGUCAAGUCAAGAAACGAUUUUUCCACUUCCAAUAAUUUAGGACUAUCGAAUUACGCCUUGGGAAAAAAUGAGCGCAUCACGGGCAUUACUGUCAACCGAGAAAUACGAAUUCCAGUACCGGUUCCGCAUAUUUUACCAGUGCAAGUGACUCGUACAGUGCCAAUUCCACAACCAUAUGCCAUCAAAAUUGAACGUCCGUAUCCGAUAAUUGUAUCACAUCCGGUUCCAGUGGAUUACCCGAUUACCCGAACAAUUCCCGUACCAGUUCCGCAAAACGUUAUUCCAAUUUCCGCCUCUAAUUCCCUACCACUUCCCCUCAGUCCUCUCUCAUUCGCUCCCGAGAAUUCCUAUUCAAAUUCAUAUUCUACUUCCGGAUCGGAAAUUGCUACCGGAACUACUACUGAACUCAAAUCCGGAAUUCGAUCCACUUAUGGAUCUGAUUUUGAUUCCGAUUUAGCUUCUUACGUUAAUUCGGGAACAAGUUCCGAUUUUAGUGCCACUUCUCACUUCAAUUCAGACAGUGGAAAUAAUUUUCACUCCGGAUUUUUGUCGUCUGUGAGUGCUUCCGGAACCGGUUCGAAUUCCUAUUCGAGUCACGGAACUGGAACUAUUUCCGGUUUCGAGUCUGAAUCCUAUUCAGCAAUUGAUUCCGGAUCUACAUUAAAAUCUGGGUCAAAGACCUCAUUUGGAUCAUUGCUGGAGCGAAAUUCGCCAAUUUCCGGUUAUUCGUAUCCGGUUCCAGAAAAAAAACUUGGUUUUUGAAGAAUUUUUGGUGGAAAAAGAGAGAGAGAGAGAGAGAGAGAGAGAGAGAGAGAGAGAGAGAGAGAGAGAGAGAGAGAGAGAGAGAGAGAGAGAGAGAGAGAGAGAGAGAGAGAGAGAGAGAGAGAGAGAGAGAGAGAGAGAGAGAGAGAAAGUGGGGUUAACGACUGUUUAAAACAAAUUUUUUCUGUCUUUACCCACUUUUCUCAAAAUUCUCACGUUUCCGUCAAUUUUAAGGCCUAGAAUCGUGUUCAACGGGCAAAAAUACAUUGAAAACGACUCUAAUGUCAAAAAUAAGGAAAUAGAAAUUUUUUUGCGUCUUUACCCCCACUAUUUUCAAAAUUCUUUUUUUUGGACUUGUUUUUGAAGGUUUUUGUUUUGAAAUAUUUUCCCUCUUCAACUUAAACCAGAGACUUCCAAAAAGUCUUCAAUUAAAGCAUAAAACAUACACUUUAAGACCCAUUGGCGCAAGACUAAAAAAAAUAAUUUUUUUGAGAAAAGUGGGGGUAAAGAUAAAAAAAAAAUUUUUUUCGUAAUUUUUGACAUUUGAGUCGUUUUCAAUGUAUUUUUCCCCGUUGAACACGAUCCGGGGUUUCAAAAUCUUCUAGCACGUCAGGUUUUCGAGAAAAGUAUGGGUAAAGACCCCAAAAAAUGAGUAUUAAAGAGAGGACCUGAAUUUUUCUCAAAAUUGUAACGUACUUGUUUCGUAAAGAGAUUACAAUUUUUCUUUUAGGAAAAAUUACUUACUUUACUUAUUUUAAUUUUAGAAACAAUAAGCAAUAAGCAAAAAUUGUAAAUAUUAUACAAAAGAAGUAUUAGAAAUUA